GGAAUCUAGAAUAAUCCAUCGACCUGAGUAGACCGUUGGCGAGAAAGUAUAGUUUUCAGAUUGCAGCAAAACACUACAAUUCUGGUUCCAAAUCUUUCCUGUUCUUGAACUCUUCCAGCGUCAUCAUCGCCUGUUAUUAGACCCACACUGCUGAUUUGGGAUUCAAUCCCUUCAGCAUGUCGGCGCCGCAAGAAGUAGAACCCACUGCAACAACCGACCUCCUUCCCAUACCUCAACCCCCAGCAGCACCAAGCACUCCGGUCAAUCCCCUUGCUGCUCAUCCCCCCACGGCAUCUAACGACUUACAAUAUGACGGCACGGAACAGGGUCAGGAUAGUGACGAGGUAGACUCUGCAUACGCAGGAUCAAUAAUCCAGAGCGAGACAUCUACCUUGGACUCGAGUAUUUUGCAAUACCGAGAGGAAAACGGAAGGACGUAUCAUGCGUAUGGUUCCACUGAGCAUUGGGGACCGAACGACGAGCAAGCUCAAGAUCAGCAAGAUUUAAGUCACCAUUUCUGGACCCUAGUUCUGGGAGGAGAUCUGUAUUCUGCUCCAAUCAAAGACCCACAAGACGUUCUUGACGUAGGAACAGGAACAGGUAUCUGGGCCAUAGACGUUGCGGACAUGAUACCGGAGGCUGUGGUGAAAGGCAUCGAUCUUUCCCCAAUCCAACCCGCGUGGAUUCCACCUAACCUCAAGUUUGAGAUUGACGACUACAAUAAAGAUUGGGUCGACACCAACCGCUACGAUCUCAUCCACAGCCGUGAGAUCCUUGGCACUGUUCCCGACUGGGUAGCAUUUUACAAGAAAGCAUUUAACGCCCUUCGACCAGGCGGAUGGAUGGAUUCCACGGAACCAACAAUUUACCUACAAAGCAUCCACACACCGCUCGAGAAAGACCAUCCAUUCGUGAUGUGGCCUACGCUAUUUAAUGAAAUCGGGCAGAAGACAGGGAUUACAUUUGACGUAGCACCCAACAUGAAGAAAUGGAUGGAAGAGGCGGGGUUUGUGAAUGUUGAGGAGAAGAUCCUGAGGGUCGCGGUAGGGAAGUGGCCGAAAGACCGGAAGCAGAAGGAGUUAGGGGUUUGGAACCAGUUGAGACUUGAUACGGGAUUGAGAGAUUUUACGGAGAGGAGAAUGAGGAAUGUUUUGAAUUGGGAGAAUGACGAGAUCUUGGUGCUUGUUGCUAAGUGUAGGUCUGCGGUCAGCAAUUCAAAGGAGGGCCUAUACAUUGAUUUAUAUCACGUUUACGGACAGAAGCCUGAAGAGAAAAAAGCAUGAAACGAG